UCUUUCACCAAGGACAGAGAUCUUCUCUAAGCCCUUGUGUCCUAUUGGUUACAUGAAGUAGCUGUACAGUUAGGUACCAUGACCUAUUACCUGUGUUCUGAUGAGUGGCCAAAGCAAUUACUUUCAGAACUUCAGCUAAGGUACAAUAAGCUUCCUCUGUGGCAUGGCACCCAGGUUCUGUCUACAAGGCAAGUUCAGCAGACAGCACGAUCCUCGAUACGCUGCUUUGGUUUGAUGAUCUGACCUAGAACAGACUAUGUCACAGAGUCACAAUGACCUUGCACAGUAACAGUUCGGCCUCACCUUUGUUCCCCAACUCUUCGUGGAUCCCCAGCCCCUCAGAUGCAGGCCUGUCCCCCGGGACAGUCCCUCACCUCGGCAGCUACAACAUCUCUCAAGCGUCAGAGAACCUCUCCUCUCCCAACGGUACGGCGGCCGACCCUCUGGGAGGCCACACCGUCUGGCAGGUGGUCUUCAUCGCGUUACUCACUGGUUUCCUGGCCCUGGUGACCAUCAUCGGCAACAUCCUGGUCAUCGUGGCGUUUAAGGUCAACAAGCAGCUGAAGACGGUCAACAACUACUUCCUGCUCAGCCUGGCCUGCGCUGACCUGAUCAUCGGGGUCAUUUCUAUGAACCUGUUCACCACGUACAUCAUCAUGAACCGCUGGGCGCUGGGGAACUUGGCCUGUGACCUCUGGCUGUCCAUUGACUACGUGGCCAGCAAUGCCUCUGUCAUGAAUCUCCUGGUCAUCAGCUUCGACAGGUACUUCUCCAUCACCAGACCCCUCACCUACCGGGCCAAACGAACAACCAAACGCGCCGGCGUGAUGAUUGGCCUGGCUUGGGUCAUCUCCUUUGUGCUGUGGGCUCCGGCCAUUUUGUUCUGGCAGUACUUUGUGGGGAAGAGAACAGUGCCUCCGGGCGAGUGCUUCAUCCAGUUCCUCAGCGAGCCCACCAUCACCUUCGGGACGGCCAUUGCGGCCUUUUACAUGCCAGUCACCAUCAUGACCAUCUUAUACUGGAGGAUCUAUAAGGAGACUGAGAAACGCACCAAAGAGCUGGCCGGGCUGCAGGCCACGGGGACCGAGGCCGAGGCCGAGAGCUUCGUCCACCCCACGGGCAGUUCUCGGAGCUGCAGCAGCUAUGAUCUCCAGCAGCAGAGCCUGAAGUGCUCGGGCAGGAGCAAGUAUGGCCGCUGCCACUUCUGGUUCACCAGCAAGAGCUGGAAGGCCAGCUCGGAGCAGAUGGAGCAGGACCACAGCAGCAGCGACAGCUGGAACAACAAUGACGCGGCCGGCUCGCUGGAGAACUCGGCCUCCUCCGACGAGGAGGACAUCGGCUCCGGCUCCGAGACCAGGGCCAUCUACUCCAUUGUGCUCAAGCUACCUGGCCACAGCACCAUCCUCAACUCCACCAAGCUCCCCUCCUCCGACAACCUACAGGGCCCCCACCAGGAGCUGGGGCCCGCGGACGUGGAGAAGAACGCGACCAAGCUCCAGGCCCAGGAGAGCAUGGAUGAUGGCGACAGCUUUCCCAAAGGCUUCUCCAAGCUGCCCAUCCAUCUAGAGUCGGCCGUGGACGCAGGCAAGACUUCCAAUCCCAACCCCUCGGUGGGCAAAACCACGGCCACGCUACCUCUGUCCUUCAAGGAAGCCACGCUGGCCAAGAGAUUUGCUCUGAAGACCCGAAGUCAGAUCACCAAGAGAAAGAGGAUGUCGCUCAUCAAGGAGAAGAAAGCAGCCCAGACCCUGAGCGCCAUCCUGCUGGCCUUCAUCAUCACCUGGACGCCCUACAACAUCAUGGUCCUGGUGAACACCUUCUGCGACAGCUGCAUUCCGAAAACCUAUUGGAAUCUGGGUUACUGGCUAUGCUACAUCAACAGCACAGUGAACCCCGUGUGCUACGCCCUGUGCAACAAGACAUUCCGCACCACCUUCAAGAUGCUCUUGCUCUGCCAAUGCGACAAAAGGAAAAGGCGCAAGCAGCAGUAUCAGCAGAGACAGUCCGUCCUCUUCCACAAGCGAGGGCCCGAGCAGGCCUUGUAGAGACACAACACGUCCAUGCCAAGUGACAAAACAAAAUCAAAAGAAACCUCACGGGGUCGACCCACAAUCCUGAGCGAGGAAUGAGGCUCGGGGUGGGGGAGAGAGCGACUUUGGUGAUCCUCAGAAUGUGGUGGUGGCAUUUUGUUUAUUUGUUGUUGUUCUUUUUAUCACCAAGAUAGAAAAAGAAGUUGCCUGUUUACUGAUGCAUUGAAUAAGUCAGUUUUCAUAUUUAAAAGAAAAAAGUCAAAUAUCAAUUCAGAGAGAGAGAGAGAGUGAGCAUACUACUGAAUAUAAAGGAAUUUGUUCUGAAAUGGACUUUGUUUCUUUCUUGAAGGGAAAAGCAAUACCGCUCUCCCACCCCUGAUUUUCCACUCGGGUCGAUUCCACUGGGUCCUCUCGGUCCCGUGAGCUCUGACGUCACAGAGGAGUCUCGCUCUGCCAGCCGCCGCAGGCAUUCCGAGGGGCUCGAGUGUUGAUCCUGACCCUGCGUCCGGCAGAGCCAGCUGGUGGCUCUGUGGUCCUAAAAUGAUCUCCUCCACGGCACAGCCGAACCUUCUUGUCCCAACAGAGCUUCUGUCCUCCCUCUGGCCGUGCGUGUUGUUAAAACUCUUUAUUUGUGGACUUGGUUCUUGCAGAGUACUGUUGUUCUUUUGUUUUGUUUUGUUUUGUGCAGUUCAAGUUUUGUACCAAUAAAAUUGCCUAUGUAUACAUAUCUGUGUGUGAGUACUGCACGUGCACACACGAUGUAUAUAUAAUGUAACGG